AUGGCCGCCGAACGCCUUGCAUCCAUUGUCAAGCAGCUCGCUCCCGGGACGAGUUUGUCGCAAAUCACAUCGAAGAAUGCGGACGAUAUCGUCAUUACCCUUGCUAUCCGAACGCCCUUGUGUAAGGGCAAGAGGGGUGGCUUCAAGGACACGACCCUCGAGUACAUCACAUAUGCUCUCUUGAAGGAGGUCAAGGACCGCAUGGGUUUCGACCCAGCUCUCGUCGAGGACAUCUGCUUUGGCAAUGUUUCCGACGGCAAGGCCGCUUACAAGGUGCGCGCCGCCUCUCUCGGUGCCGGCUUUCCGAACACGGCCGGCGCUUCAUCAGUGAACCGCUUCUGCAGCUCCGGUCUCAAGGCCACAGCCGACAUCGCCCACGCCAUCUCCAGCGGCUCCAUCGAAGUCGGUAUCGCGAUCGGCGGCGAGUCAAUGACCGCCGGCGGUGACGCCCUGGACAAGCCAUUCGAUGAGCAGAUCCUCGUCAACGACGAUGCCAAAGACACCAUGCAGGCUAUGGGCUGGACCAGCGAGAACGUGGCGCGCGACUUCGGCAUCUCAAGGGAACAAGUGGAUACGUAUGCUGCCGAGAGUUUCCGGAGAGCCGAGGAGGCCCAAAAGGCUGGCUGGUUCGACGACGAGAUCGUGCCAAUCACCACAAAGGUCAAGGGCCCCGACGGCGAGGAGAAGACCGUCACUCUCACCAAGGAUGAGGGCAUCCGUCCCGGCACCACCGCCGCCGGUCUCGGCAAGAUUCGCGCCGCCUUCCCGCAAUGGGGCCCCAUUACCACUGGUGGAAAUGCCAGCCAGGUUACUGACGGUGCAGCCGCUGUUGUGCUGAUGAAGCGUUCUACUGCUAUCAAGCUUGGUGUUCCAGUGGUGGCCAAGUACGUUGGGUCCACCAUUGCAGGCCUGCCCCCCAGAAUCAUGGGCAUUGGCCCCACGGUCGCCAUUCCCAAACUUCUCAAGCAAUACAACCUCAGCAUCGCUGAUAUCGACAUUGUCGAGCUCAACGAGGCUUUCGGAACUAUGGCUGUGUACUGCAGGGAGAAGCUCGGUCUUGACUGGGCAAAGAUGAACCCCCGUGGUGGUGCCAUUGCUCUUGGCCACCCACUGGGCACAACUGGUACUAGACAGAUUGUCACUGGCUUGAGCGAGUGCAGGAGGCAGAAGAAGAAGAUCCUCUUGACCAGCAUGUGCAUCGGAACUGGCAUGGGAAUGGCUGGUCUAUUCGUCAACGAGCAAUGA